AAUAACUAUGAAUCUGGAAGUCAUCGAUAUUUGAAACUCUACUACAUAGCUUAGUGUUGCCAUUUGAAUUUCGUCUAACGAUGCAGACAUUAUGAAAAACAAGCUCCUGGUAACUGUGUUUCGUUUAUGAAACCCUUUUCAAUAAUAAUAAAAAAAAAAAAAAAAACUUUUAAAUGGCAUUAAAUUAACUGCUAGUAACAGUACUGCCAAGAUUUUCUUCCUUAUGCAAUUUAUAACUUUCCUUAUUCCUUCUACUGACAACAACAUGUGCACGUGGAAGAGGUAAAAAAGGAAAGAACAAUCACGGUAAGGAGAAAAAGAAAAAUGAUGACCAUGCCUUGGAAGAACCACCGUGAGCUGUGACGUCACACGUUGCCAUUGGUCGCAGCGUCAGGUAAACGUCACCGGGAUAAGUGAUUCGAAACACGCAUUCUGAAAUCCGCAGUUUUCAACGUCACGAGACAUGGAUAUUGAAGUUGAAAGAGUUUCCUCUAAGCAGCGCUUUGCCGUGUAUUCUUCUGACAGCGAGCGAGUGAUACGCAUCGCAGAAGAGGCCUCCAGGUGCUGUUAGGAAAGUAUUGCACCCCUCAAGAAUGCAGCUGACAAUCCUCUUCUGUAGCACAAUUGUCAGCGCAGUAUGAUUCUAUCCAAGGCACCACUGUGGACAAUGUUCUGGAUAUUAAUAAUAUUUUUCUUUUGCAUCGCUGAAACAGUAGUUAUCGAUGACUGCUGGUUGACUAUGAAAGAGCCCAAAGGGGUGAUUACCACUCCCAAUUUUCCUGAUCCUUACCCAGUGCCCAUCAAUUGCCAGUGGGUCAUAGAAGCUCCCACAGACAAGGUGAUAGCCGUCUAUUUCACUCAAUUCUACAUGAGAGAAGGACUGAAGGCUACGGAGUAUGCCUAUCAUUCCCCUAACGUAAAAAUGGGCAAAAAUGAAUUUGGCACUAUCAGUUCUGAACGCGAGCCUACUUAUCUAGUUACCAACAAACCUGUUCUGGUGUUGGACUUCGCAGUGCGUGAACUAGCCAACAUCCACAUGAGAGUCAGAGAAUACCUGCUGGAUGUUUUUGGAUUUAACAUCACAUACGAGUUCUUGUCGAGGAACGAAAGUAUGAGGAAAGACGACUGUCUGUACCAUCACUGCUCGUUUACCGGCAAUUGUUAUGCCAACGCCGGAUUUGACAAAUACUACUGUAAUUGUUUUUCUAAAUAUUUCGGAGAUGAGUGCCAGUAUGAUAGCGAAUGUGGACCAACAGCGAGUAGGAAUAUGUGCCAGAACGGUGGAACUUGCAGGUAAGAUGAAUUUUCUUCAUAAUGUAACAUUUAAUAACUUGUUGAUAUUAUAAUGUUUUUUCACAAUAUACAUUUUUGGAUCAGCAUUCACACUAGCAUGUAUUUAUAGAACUAUGUUUAAUGUAUGUUUCAUUCAACU